AUCCCCUAUUGCAGGGAUGCAUGUCAGAUCUCAACAAUCUCAUAUUUCAUAAACAACAUACACCUCAUCUGCUUUUCAGAAGUCGUUUAUGAGGAAACUUCAGCGUGUUCUUUCUUUACUUUACCGUAGGCUUCGCGCAGCGUACAGAAGUCGUUCUGUUGGUCAUCCAGAGGCGUUGAAAGGUCACACGUUGAAGAAUGGAGGAGGUCAACACCACCUCACCGUACAGCAGCUACAACACCACCACACCGUACAGCACCUACAACAGCAGCUACAACACCACCACACCGUACAGCAGCAACAACAGCACCUACAACAGCACCUCACCGUACAGCAGCAACAACAGCACCUACAACAGCAGCUACAACAGCAGCUACAACAGCACCUCACCGUAUAGCAGCUACAACGAGAGCCACCACUUCUGCAACAUCAGGAACUUGUGGAACGACUUUGACCUUUUCCACAUCUUCGACUACAGCAGCAUCACCUUGCACAACGGUUCUGAAACCAACGAAAUGGAGUCCCACAUCGAGUCUGUUUUAUACGUGACGAGGUGGGUCGUCAUCUGCAUCGGCCUUCCUUUGACCAUGGUGGCCAUCUACGCCUUUUACACCAUGGUGCGGAAUGAUCACAUCGGUCCGAUCUACGUCAUCAACCUCCUCAUCUCUGACCUCAUUCAGCUCUGCUGUAUGAUUGUCUGGGUGACGAAGAUCAAUUCUCGUCGAUCCUACAACAUCACGUACUUCAUUUACGUCUUCGGCCUGCUGACCAGUGUCGGCUUCAUGGUCUGCGUUGCUCUGGAAAGGUAUUUGAUCAUCGCCUGGCCGCUGUGGUACCGCUUCAAACGGACCAUCAAGGUGUCUGUGGUGGUGUGUGUUUUGGUCUGGACCAUUUCCUUUGUCACAAUCCUUGUUGUGAGUCUGGCCAAUGACUUUAUUUAUCCAUUUAUCCUCCUGACCAUCUCCCUCCUCCUCCCCUUCCCCCUGCUCGUCUUCUCCCUUGCCGGUACCCUCAAAGCCUUGUCUGCUUCCAUCUCGGUCUCCUCCGAGGAUAAACGUCGAAUUGUGGGCGUUUUGGUUCUGGUCCUGCUCAACUACACUCUCAUGUUUCUGCCCACCAUCAUCUUGUCCUACUGCAGACGAGAUGACUCGGCCCUCCACAGCGUGUCUUUCACCUUAAUCCAGCUGAGUCCACUUGCAGACUUGAUUCUGUAUGUUUUCAUGAGGAAAGGAGGAAUAGAGAAACUUUUGAGCGUAUGUAAGAUGGAUGUUAUAAGAUCAUCACUGGGAGGUAGAUUUCUGCUUCAUGUAGGCAGAUGAAGCAAAGAAACAGAGAGACUUAAGGCUACAGAUAUGACCCCAUGAGAUAUGUGUCUGGCAAAAUUAACAACAAAAGAACAAGUGAAAUCAAAGUCCAAAACAGGGUUAAGGUCAUUUAGCUUGGGCUGCAGAUGUUCUGCAGAGGUAUGUGUUGUCUUCUUUGCUGAUGAGUCAGUUUUGGUCAAGUUACUUCAAAACGUAAUGCAUUACUUAUUGUUGUUACUAUAAUUUCAAAGUAAUUAGUUACAUAACAAUAUUACUGUCUUUGGAUUGUAAGGCAUUACAUUACUUUUAAGUUACUUUCACCAAAAUAACUGGGAACAUAGAUUUUGUGUUCUCAGUAGAUCUUAUUACAUUCAGUGUAGCUCAUUUCCACAUCCAGUAGAAGGUGAUGUAGAAUGACAUAAUGGCUAAGCUAGGCUAACGCUAACAACAGUACAAUAUAAUGGAGCAGUUAUGACUCAUGGUUCAAUACAUAUUCUGAUAGAGAUAUUGAAGACAUGUUGAAAUCAAUAGUGCUAGAAGCUACUACUGUAUAUUGUAACCAAACACCUAAAGAAAGCUGCACCUUGCUACAUGUUUCCUUAAAUUACUUGUGCUAUUUCGUGAGAGAUCUUUCGGUUUCGCAACGUAACCGUAAUGUUCUUCGUAUCCUCUGAGCAUCUAUCUGAGCACAUAUCUGGUGAAUGUAGAGUCUGACUCUACCGCUGCAGACAUCUUCUCCCCAAUCAGCUGUUCUCUAGCACUAACAGGAAGUUAAUGUGUGCAGGAUUUUCUUUUUGUCCUCUGUUGAUCUUAAAUUUGUAUAAAACCACACAAUUAAUGUAAUAAAUUUCGUGUUUAAAAAUCCAUUGUAACAUGUGUUACUGACAUUUGUACUGGGCAAAAUAUUACAAAAUUUGUAAUGCCUUACAUUUCCACGUUACAGCAAAAAGUAAUGCAUUACAUUACAGUGUCUGCAUGAGGGUGACAUGAGGAAAAGCUGGAGAGGAAGUCCACCUCUGCAGAUGGGGACGGGACAGUGUGGGGGCCGUGAUAGAGGACAGGAUGACAGAGGUUGUGGUUUCAGAUUCCCUCUUAUCAUAGACACGCUACAAAUCCAGUUACCUUUCCUUCAGUCCUGACUGAAGUGUCGAGUUGAAGUUUAAAUAUGAACCUCACAUGACUGGUGUCAUAAAACUCACCUGUAGUUGGACGACACUUGUCACCUGCCUCCAAUGAGUGGUUCUCUGAUGUUGUCAGAGGCUCCAGACUCAAGGUCAAACCAUGCAUUACCACUGAGCAAACCUAGGAUGUGCAACAUAAAAAUAAAGACCUUUUAAAUUCAUCCUUGUACAAUUGUCCCUAAAAAUAAUAUGUGACGAUGUUCAUCUUGAUAAAUGCGUUAAUUCUGACACACAUUACGCAGCCACGUCAACCUUUUUUCAUACUUAGGUAGUUUAAAGCUUUGAAAUGACUCUUGGAGGGGGUUUUGUUUACAGAAUAUCUGCUCUCUUAUCUCUUCUUUACUCUGGUGCUCAGACAUUUCAUGAUCAGAUCUGAUUCCAUGUCACUUCCUCAUAUGGGCAGAUUAAGAUCAUCAGAAACCUCCCACAUGUUACAUUCUGCUCUGGACUUUUUAGGUGCAAUAAACUUAUUUUUUCCUUUCAUUCUACUACUACUACUAUUUUUUAGUACAAUAAAUUGCACAAUUUAUAUUAUAUUUAGCCAGAAAUCAUAUCAAGUUGUGCUAACUGAAUACACCUCUAUGUUGAGUUAAAGCAGAAAUGUCUGUUGAUUAUUCGUGUACUGUUGCGUUAAGACUACUUCUAUUCACAAACACAUUUUUUUGUGUGUGCGUGUAUAAAAAGCUGAUUGAUUUGAAGCUAUACUGACUAACCCCAUGAAUCAUUUUUUGCAUAUUCUGCAGCAAGCUUUUAGGAUUGUGUCAGAUUGUUCUCUGUAGGAUGACCCUUUGCAAACUGGUGUGAUUCCUUAGUGGUUAAUUUCAUACAUGACAACUUGAUUAUAAAAUAAAAAUGAUCCUCUCAGUCUAUUCAAUGAAAGUCCUACUAAAAACUACUAACGAUUCUGUCUGUUCCAUGAUUUGAGUUUCCUGUUUUAUUUUGUUUCUUGUUUUUAUGUUGGUGUUACUCCCUUGUUUACCUUUAAUAGCUGAUUGGUUUCUUCCUGUGUGCUCCACCCUCAUUAGUUUCACCAUGUUUUUCAUCUCCAUGCUUAAGAGUUUGAUUACCUGUCGCCUGAAGGCUGCAGCGCUUUUUGUUAAAUUCUGUUCUUCAUUAAAUACCUUUGGCUUGAA